GACGACCAGCAGCACUUUGAACUUUGUUUCCUGCUUUCAAAUGAAGCCUCAGUUCAACAUGUGAAAACAGUUUGCAGUGGUUAAAUCCUGGUUGGCUCCUCCUCCAUGUGUCUCUGACUCGUCCUCAAAGCCUGUUCACUUUUCUUUUCCUGGUUAAAAGCAGCUGAGUGACGACAGGAAGUGAUCAAACUAAAGUGUCAUCAAACAGCUGAGUUACUGUUGAAUCGUUUUCUCUCAUAUUUAAUGAUCCACUGUGAAACAUCUGUGACAAAACAUUUCAGUUUCAAUGGGCCUGAAACAAACCUGCAUUUAUUCACAACUUCAGACGGCAACACGUUCUUACACAGGACAGAUACCACAGUGUGAUACUGCAGCACAGCAGCACCAGUAGAGAUGUCCCAGCAGCACCAGUAGAGUCCAGAGUGGAGGUGUGUGUGAUGCAGCUAUAGUGUUUGAGCGUCAGGAUGGAGAUCCUAGUGGCCAAGCUGCUAGGCCUGCUGGGCCUAUUUGGCCUCAUGCUGGCGGGCGUUCUGGUCCCAGUGCGUCUCCUGCUGGUCGACUACGACAAGGCGCACAGAUACAGGAGGGCUCUGUCUCUGUGUAACUCGUUCGGAGGAGGCGUGUUCCUGGCAACAUGCUUCAACGCUCUGCUGCCUGCCGUCAGAGACAAGGUGGCCGACGUGUUCACGCAGCUGAAGAUCAGCAGCGACUAUCCUCUGGCUGAGACGAUGAUGAUGCUCGGCCUCUUCCUCACCGUGUUCGUGGAGCAGGCCAUCCUCACCUUCAGGAAGGAGAAACCGUCCUUCAUCGACCUGGAGACAUUCAAUGCCGGCGGCUCCGAGGCCGGCAGCGACUCAGAGUACGACACGCCUUUCAUCUCCCCGGCGCGGGGCUCACCGGUCAGCAGCGGUCACCAUUCCCACGGACACCAUCACGGACACUUCAGCCCUGCUGAGCUGGCGGGGGCGGGGCCUCUGCGUCUGGCCAGCCUGGUUCUGGCUCUUUCGGCUCACUCGGUGUUCGAGGGCCUGGCGCUCGGCCUGCAGGAGGAUGGAGCCAAGUUGGGCAGCCUCUUCCUGGGCGUGGCCGUGCACGAGACGCUGGCCGCUGUGGCACUCGGUGUGAGCGUGGCCAAAGCGUCACUCAGCAUGAAGGACGCUGUCAAGCUGGGCGUCACGGUCAGCCUGAUGAUCCCGCUGGGCAUGGUGGUCGGGAUGGGCAUCGAGUCGACGCAGACGCUGGCGGGCAGCGUGGUGUCAGUGGUGCUGCAGGGACUCGCCGCCGGCACCUUUCUGUUCGUCACCUUCUUUGAGAUUCUGUCCCGAGAACUGGACGACAAACAGGACCGGCUGCUCAAAGUGCUCUUCCUCAUCCUCGGCUACACUGCACUUGCUGCACUCGUCUUCAUCAAGUGGUGACACACAGGAAGUGCUCUGACACACACAGCAAUACCAAAGGAAAACUCAUAACUCCACAAAGGCAGCAGAGUCCAGCUGUGAGAGGCGGAAACAUCUGGAACAGCUGUGUCUGUGAUGUAGGCAGAAUCAGGCAGGGUUUGUCGGCUGCAGUUUUUAAAUUUGGCCCUUCUCCCUGCUCAGCAACACCAGAAGUGGUUGCUGUUUCACCUCGCUGUAUUUGUGUUUUCAUUAUGGACGUAUCAGCAGGAGGUCACGCACCACUGCCCAAAAGCUGGCGCCCAGAAACAUCCCGAACACAACAGAGGAAUAAAAUCCAGGCAGAGGGCAGAGUCUCUGCAGAUAAACACACCGUCACUGACCUCCUGUGGUUUAACUCCUCAUGUGGCGGCGGUGAUGUACAGGUGUACUCCAGCAGACUGUGACAUCACUGAUGGGUGUUUUUACAGGUGCAACAAACUGCCUCUUGCUGGUGAAAAUCUGGACCUGCAGCAGGUCAGAGCUUCCUGUGGAAUUUUCUUGUAAACAGAGUUUUUGACUAAAACUGGUCGUGUUCCCUCGAGGCCACGCCUGUGUCUCUGACGUUCACCCCAAAGAACUUUUUUUUCCCCUUAUAAAUAAAAAACUCUUAAAGAUACAUUAAAAAAACACGUUAACAUUAUUUUUGACUACAGAAAGAAUAAAAGUGGUUUUAGUCGGACAUUAUUUGUUACAGACCUCCAGGGAAUAGUUUACAUCAUGACUGGGAACUGAACUCCACACUGUAGGACCCUGUUAGUUUUUCCAAAUUUGGUGUUUGAAGUUCGUUAAAAUGCAGGUCGGAGCUGCUAAAUGGAGCGAAAUGUAGUGACAUAAUAAUUUGAGAAUUGGAGACUUUUUUAAAAGUGAACCUGUUUGUUCUCUGUAUCGAGAUUUAAAAGCGGUGUGUGCAACAUUCAGAGCAUAUCAGUGAUUCACACAUGGCUGAGCUCGCAGCGAGAAGCUAACGGUGCUAACAACAGCAGCAGUGCUGAAAGAGCUAACGGUGUUAGUCUGGGGGAACUGGAGGGUGGGCGCUACGCCUCCACGACAACACGUUAUCAGCAGUAACCACCCUGUGAGCACAGUGCAGAGCAGCGGUGAUGAGCCAGCCAGUGGGAAACGCACAAGGGACGGGCCGAAAAUGUGCAUGGAUUGGCCGGGUGGAGGAGGGCUCGGGCUGUGGGAAAAAUAAAUAUUAUUUGCUUAUGUAUUUUUGAAAUAAAUAAUAUAAAAACGUGCAGCUAAGGAAAGAAGCAGAGGGAGCAGCCAAGCACUGAGCUGAGCUCUGUCCUUCCUCUCGGUCGGAGUGGGGAGCUUCUCUGGCGGGGAAAUACGGUGAUAUUUAGUGCUUUUAUUGGCGGGUCGGCUGAGUGUGUCAUGUGAUAAUCUUGGACGGACUGGGUUCAGGAUUUAGCUCACACGGGUCAGUUCAGUUCAGGUUGUAAUUUUUCGGCCCGUUUAAAACUCUAGCGUUAACGUGCACAUGCGUCCGGACCGUCAGAGCACAGAGAAGCUCGACAGCAAACAGUUGCUUAUCAAUGCUCUGAAUGUCGUACACAGAACCUUUAACUGAGCUUUAAUGUUGCAGCUACAUUUAUACACUGCUGGGUAGAUUAAUAUAUAAUAAUACGUGAUUAUUUAUUUGUUUAUCAUAUUUUGUAUCAGUAAUCUGAAUCUAAAGUGCAGUAGAAAGUACAGUGUUUCCUCUGAGAUGUGAUGGAGUAGAAAUAUAAAGUGGAAAUACUCAAAUAAAGUAAAUCAAAAUUGUUCUUCA